AUGGCCCCCGAGACGUACAGGGACACGAAAGAGAACAACGGCGACAAGUUCGGUGUGAACUUCGUUGUGGGUGGUGCCGGCGUGUUCGAGGUGCCGCGCAAGGCGCCGACCCUGGCCAAGCAGAUUGACUCCUUCAAGAAGAUGCUCGACGGCGGCGACAUCGGGAAAUGGCAGCUCCGGGAGUCGGUCGCGCUGGUGGCCAUCUCCGGCAACGACUACGCGUGCGUCGCCAACAUGAGCGGCGAGAGCGAGAUCCUCGACUUCAUCGGGAACGUGACGGAAGAGAUCGCCGCCGGCGUGGAGAGGCUGCGGAAGCUGGGCGUGACCAGGGUCCUCGUCAACAACCUGCACCCGUUGGCCUGCACGCCGUGGCAGACCAGGCCGUCCAACUACACCGAAUGCAUGGGCCGCGGCAACCUGGCCGCAUUGUUCCACAACGGCGACCUCGAGAAGAAGCUGAAUGCUUCAAGCAACGACAAUGUCUACCUCGUCGACCUCCACCGGGCUUUCACCAACAUCGUCGAUCCAUCCGAUCCCCAGGACACCCCGCAGGUGGCAAAGCAGUUCAGCAAGAACAAGCUAAAGCCGUGCUGCUACAGCUUUGACCCGAACGGAGACUGCGGGCAGGUCGACGAGGAUGGAGGCGUCCUGUACAGUGUCUGCUCCCACCCUGAGAAGCACUUCUUCUGGGACGACGUACACCCCACUCAGGCUAGAUGGGAGGCCGUCAUGGGGCAGCUUGAAAAGGACAUCAAGGAUUUCCUCCACAUUACCUACUAG